CUGCACCCCCUGACAGCUGGCACUGCACCCCAUGCCUGGGCUCCCAUGCAGAAGUCUCCAAACCCUGCCCUGACACUGCUGCCAUGCAGACCCAUGCCCACACCUUGCCUGUUCACACGAGGACCCCGGGGCAGCGCCUGCCCGCGGGCACCCCAAAAGCACCUCCUGGGUGAAGCGGGGCUGUGCCGGGCCUGGCCGGGCUUCGCCUGGGCGUGAAGGGUGCCUGCGCGGCAGGAGGGGCCAGGCAAGGCGGGGAGGAAUGCGAGUGGGAGAGCGGCCGGGCAUGUAGAGACAGCUCCUGGGGUGCGCGGUGCCGGGGAUCCCACACGCUGCACGGGGCAGGGAGCAGAGCCCCGGCAACAGGGCUGGCAGCCGGCAUGGGGCACCCCAUCGCUCACCCCCUCUGAGAGCCAGGGAGCGGAGGGCGGCGGGGUCCCUGGGGGCAGCACAGCUGCCGUGGGGGUCCUGGCCCUGGGGAGCUCGUCUCCGACGUGGAGGGGCUGGAAAUCCCCCGGCGGGUGAUGCCCAGCUGCGCCGACACGAGGUGCUGAGGAUCCCGGGGGGCUGAGGAGCCGCUAUGACCCCCGAGAAGGUGCUGAGAGAGGGGGUGCUGGAGAAGCGGAGCGGGGGGCUGCUGCAGCUCUGGAAGAAGAAGCGGUGCCUGCUGACAGAGAAGGGGCUGCAGCUCUUCGAGCCCAAGGGCUCGCGGCGCAAGGAGCUGAGCUUCGCCCGCAUGAAGGCGGUGGAGUGCGUGGAGUGGAAGGAGCGGCACAUCUACUUCACAGUGGUGAUGGACGACAGCCACGAGAUCGACUUCCGCUGCGCCCAGGAGGACCCGGGCUGGAAUGCUGAGAUCACCAUGGGCCUUGUCCGCUUCAAGAACCAGCAGGCGAUCCAGGUCGUCCGCGCCCGGCACAGCUGCCGAGCAGUGGUGCAAUUCGACACAGCCCCAGUGGGACAGCCCGUGGACACACAGCAUUCGAAGAGCAGGAUGGAGAUGGCCCUUGGCUCAGCGGGCAGUGGGGAGAACAGGAUCCCAGCGGGCAAGUGAGGCUACCGCUGUCUGCAGCCCGGGGAUGGAGACGGUGGCCCCGGGGAGGCCAGUGCGGGCACUGGCUCCCCCCGUCCUGGGGCAGGACAGAGGCACCGCAGGAGCCGGGCUGGCACAGCUGCAGGAGUCAGCCCACAUCCUCUUGACAUGACGGGGCAAAGGACACAGUCAGGGCCACCACCUGGGGCUCUGGACAUGGCAGGAGGUGACAUCCUUGCUUGGAGGCCCACCAUCCUUCAGCUGACAGGCCAGGACCUUGGUGGACUGGUGGAGACCUCCGGGCCUCUCCUGCGGGCCAGGGGAUGGGAUGCAUGAGGUUGAGCCUGAAGGAAGCAGUGAGAUGGUGAGCUCUGCCUGAAUGUCAGUGACACUGGGACAGAUGGAUAUGGCCGGGGACACUGCUCCCCCUGAGCCCCCACAUUGAGGAGGGGCUGGAGAGCUGCUGCUGCAGCAGGGACCCCUCCGGGCACCGUACCUGGAUGGUGCGGUGAUGCAGCCAUGCUGCUGGACACUGUCCUACCCUGAGCUGUCCUUGGCCUAAUAUGGGACGCUGGGGAAGGCAAUGGGGACCUCAACUCCCUGUAUCAAAAAUGUCCCCAAACAGGACCUUCUGCUGCUUAACCUGGUGUUGCUUUGAUUUGUGGGACCCUGCAGGGUAUGGAAGAGCACAAAUCCUGCAGAAGAGCUUUGCCGGUUGUUGGCAUCCCCCUAAAUCUGCCAGCAUCCCACAGGUGGGCUCCAAAGCCCCCCGCUGCCACCCCAAGCCUCUCCGGUCACCUAUCCCGCUGCACCCGUGUCCCCAGGGAUUCCCACGGUGGUUUGCGGGCAGGUGACCCAUGAGCAGCGCUGCCUGGCUUUGCAGGCAGGGAUGGCAGGCAGGGGAAGGGAUGGCUCUGCCCCGACAGGCAACGCAGACACGAGCGCCUCGAGCCACCAUGCUCCGCAAGCCGGAGCCUGAGCCCCAGCCCCGCGGCCGGAGGCACUGCAGAUCCUCCCGGAGAUUGCCCGGCUGCGUGGGAAUCAGGGAGCAUGGCGCCCUGUCCCCCUGGGCUGUGGCAGCCGGCCCUGGCCUGUAUGCCGGCCGCCUCUGCCAGACCCCUCGGGGUCGUGGAGUCCUGUCCCCGUGCCAGGGCAGCUCUGGGGCGGCUUUGGGGAGGGACAGUGGCACGGCCAGAGCCCGCUCACCGUGCAGGGCCAGGCUCGUGCUGGCUUUUUCCGAGCAGCCUGGGAAUAAGCAUUUUUGUGUUUUUCCACCCAAGGAAGCCUGCUUGGCCGUCCCUGGUCCUCAGAGCUUCAUUUGCCGAGAAACUCCCCUGCUUGUGAACAGAGGCAAGUGGGGGUCCAAGCUGGGGGGGGCGUCAAUGAAGCUGGAUCCAAACCCCAUACAGACAGAGCUCUGCACUGUCGCUGUGCCGGCAGGGACAGAGGCACUAAAACAUGGUGGGCUCCAGGGAUGGUGUGACCUGGUCCCCUGCGCAGAAGGAGAUGCUGUAGGCAUGGAGCCCUGCAUGGACCAGCCCCCCAAACCAGGUCCCUGCACACGUUUCGGGAAGGAAUGGGGUUGUCAGUGGUUGGAGGAAGGUGCUGGUGCUCACACAGCAUUUCCAUGGCAAGGAUCUCCAUCCUGGGGUUUCUCGUAAAUCCCCAGCUCCCAGAGUCAGGGGAUUCAGUGAGGCUCAUUCAAUGUCCUGCAAGCAUGCCAAGCCUGUGCCGUAGUGGGGUAGCACCCAGGGGUGAGGAGCACCCAGUGUGAGGAGUUUUCCAGUCUUCUGAAUUUCAAACCAGUUUUGGAGGUCUGACUCCUUGUUUUCAGCUUUUCUGCUCUCUCAAUCACUGUAAAUAGAUAUUUUCUGUUUUCCAAGUGCCAGCAAGGAACCAGGGAAGAAAAUGGUCAAGAUGGGUGUGUGUAAGUGCCAGCCCUGGCCAUGGACACGUUCACUGUGCACUGCUGGACAAGGCAGCAGAGAAGCCAUGGUACCCAUGAGCUGGGGAGAAAUUUGGGUGGUUAAUAGAGGGAGAGGGACAGAAAGAGCAAGGCAAAUCGCUAUGUCGGCAUUCCAGGUAUGGGCAUGGGGAAAGCCAAGGUUUUCCAUCCCCACCCUGAGCUCCUCAUCACUCUGCAGACCAACACACAGCCAGAGCCCCUGCCUGUAUUGUGUGUCCCCCCAGGUUUGGGAUUUUCUUCUGUGCAGACACCCAAAUCUGCCAGAUCCACCCUUGGCGGAUGGAUUCACAGCCUGACCCUGGGAGCAGGGGCUGGGGAGUGAGAGCCGAGCUAGCAGCAUGUGGGUGGGAGGCAGGUUGGCUUCACUCACUGCCUGUGAGGGCUGAAUUUUUUGUGCAGAGGAAAAGGUCACCCAGAGACUAAAAAGCAAAUAAACAGCCCAGAGACACUGUCAGACAGUGGAGCAGGGAUGGGGCUGGUGCUGGUGCAUCCCCCAUUACCAGUAAUGUGGUGCCAGCACAUUGCUGGCCUCGAUGGGGCUCAGUGUUGAUGGGUGAAGUUGGGUAAAUGGGGUGAUUUUACCUGAGGGAAAAUAUCCUGCAGGCAGGGGCUCAGAGAGCAACCGGGUUUGCAGAGGAAAGCAAGUGUGGGGGGGAAGGUGAAGGGCUCUAGGAGCAUUGCAGGAGGCCAAGUGCUGUGAAAGUAUUUUUAGUUGACUAUUUGCACAGAGUUAGGGAUGCAAGGGAGCUCACAGGGCUCUUCCAGCUAGCCUGAAAAGCAGGGAGAGGAUACACGGGAAGCAUGUCUAGUGCCUCUGGAGGUGGGGAAACUGAGGCACGGCAGGGGGCUGGUAGGCAUGUGGCCUCACAGCCCCCCCAGCACACUGGCUCCCGCUGCGAGGAGGGGCUGGCUACUGGGGACCUCUGUGCUGGGGACACCAAGCAGAGCUGGGGCUGAGCGCUGAGCCCCAAAAUGGAGCGAGGUGCCCCGGAGCUGCCUGAGUUCAAAGGCUGGAGCCUGCAAAUCCAGCUCUGCUGCUCCCAGCCCCUAGGUGACCCCGCUCCAUCGACCCUCUCUCCACUGCUCAGAGGAUGCUCCAGUGCUGGGGAUCCUGUGCGCAGGCUGGGGGCUGCCCUGUGCCUCCACCCUGGGGCCAGGGGCUCUGCUAGCACCCAUGGGUGCUGGGGCUGGCACCCUUCAUGCAGCACCAUGAGGGUGAGGUCAGGUGCAAGGGAGGUGGCAGGGGGACCUUCAGGGCCCUUUUUUCCACCUGACGAAAUCCCAGCACCCAGCCCUAGCUUUGGAGUCAGGUUGGGGCUGGCUGGAUCCCUCCGAGAGCCGGUGAAGGCGGUGGGUGUCACACUGCCAAGACAGGAGUUUGCAGCAUGAUGGUGCCAAUGCUUUUUGGCAGGUGAGACCUUUGUGUACCUCCUCCACAAUCACGUGUCCUGCAGAGAGGCUGGCAGUGCCUUCCUUCUCUUGCGAGCAUCGGUGUAGUUUGUGAGUGGUUUUUCCUCAGAUAAAAAUGAAAAGAAAAAAAAUCACAGUUGUAGCAAGCAGUAUUCUUUUUUAGCUUUGAGUCAAGUGUCUGGCUUCCUUCAGAUGCUCCUAAAAUUA